CUCAAUUAACAACAAAAUCCAAAGCCCAAAAUUCUGAAAAAAAAAAAAAAAAAUUAACGUCGUCUUCCUCAUUUUCUCUCAUCUUUGUAUUCAAUUUUUAGGUUUUUAUUCAAUUAUUAUUGAUUAUUAAAAUCAAAAUUAUUAUUGAUUUUCUCAUUUUCUCUCUCCUCUUUCUAGUUUGUUGGGGUUCCUUCCCAUUUCGAUCUUCCCCUUUGGUGGCUGCUAAAUACACCAACCCCACCAUAAUUCCCUUAAUCUUCUCUUUCAAUUCUAAUCACAAUCCUUUCUAAAUUCAUCAAUAUCCAUAAUUCUAAUUCAAUUUCCCUUCACUUAAAUCUUCUCAUCUCACCUUCCUCUUCACAAAUUUUCUGGGUUAAAUCAUCAAAUUUCGAAGAGAAAUUUGUGAAAAAAUGGUGGGAUUUUGAUGUGGGUUCUUAAUUUUUUGAUUAGUUUAUGAGGUGGGGUUGUUUAAAUGAGGGAUCCAAUGUGGGUGGAUGAUGCAAGUGCCCCAUCAACCUCAAACACUUUGCCGCGUCCAAUAUCAAGUAAUUCUGCUCCUCGACGCAGUGGAGACAAUGUAUUCAACCUUUUAGCUCGUAGAGAGAUCAAUCCUCGAACAAAGCGUUCAACGAAAAGGUUGUGGGGUGAAAGUUCAGAGGGUGGUUUUGAUGAUCUUAGCCGUAUAUUUGAGGCCGGAAGAGAUGCAAGACGUAGCCUCAUAUCAUGGGUUGAGGCAGAGUCAUUGCAUCAUUUAUCAGCCAAGUAUUGCCCUCUCGUACCACCUCCUAGGUCAACAAUUGCAGCAGCUUUCAGUCCAGAUGGGAAGACACUUGCUUCCACACAUGGAGAUCAUACUGUAAAGAUAAUUGAUUGUCAAAGUGGAAACUGUCUGAAAGUGCUAAGUGGGCAUCGGAGGACACCAUGGGUGGUCAGGUUCCAUCCAACAAUUCCAGGCUUGCUCGCUAGUGGGAGUCUAGAUCAUGAAGUUCGGCUUUGGGAUGCAAUUACAGCAGAAUGUAUUGGGUCACGGGAUUUUUACCGACCAAUUGCUUCUAUUGCUUUCCAUGCCCAGGGGGAGCUGCUUGCAGUUGCUUCAGGACACAAGCUAUACAUAUGGCACUAUAAUGAAAGAGGUGAAAUGUCAAUCCCUACUGUUGUCUUGAAGACACGGCGUUCUUUACGAGCUGUUCACUUCCAUCCACAUGCUGCACCUUUUUUAUUUACAGCUGAGGUCAAUGACCUUGAUUCUUCAGAUUCAUCAAUGACACUUGCAACUUCUCAGGGUUAUGUGCGAUAUCCACCUCCUACUGUAUAUGUUGCUAAUGUUCAUGCUUCUGAUUGGUCUAGCUCAGCUGAGGAACUUCCUCUCAUGUCCCUUCCUUUCUUGAUCUGGCCUCUGCUCUCCAGAAAUGAUGGAAGAAUAUCUUUUCAGCACUCAGAUGGAAAUGCAGGUUCAAGUAGUAUGCAGCAGAGGUUUGGUCCUUCUUCGUCGGUGAGGUUGCUAACAUAUUCAACCCCAUCUGGACAGUAUGAGCUCUUGUUGUCUCCCAUUGAAUCCAGUAACACUUCUUCGGUUCCGAAUGAAAUGCGGCCUGUAUCAGCUGAGGUGGAAGCUAUUGCUCCGGAGUCUGCUGUGGAUGUUAUGGAAACAUCUGAUGUACAGCCUGAAGAAAGAAACACUCAAUUUUUCCCUUUCGGAGACCCUGCGUAUUGGGAUCUACCUUUCUUGCAAGGAUGGUUAAUUGGUCAAAGCCAAGCUGGACAACGCAUGGUACGUCCUGUAAAUUCUAGUUCGCAAGAACCUCCUACUGCACAAAGUGAGAUGAUAAUUCAGGAUCCAGUGGCUUCAUCAGCCAUGCAAAUGGGUACAUCUUACACAAGGGGCAGCGGUCGGUCCAGUUCUCGGCAUCGUUCGUCACGUUCCCGAGCAGCAGCUAGUACUCCUGCAGCGGAAGCAGCUGCUAUUCCACAGGAUGAAGGUGACCCUCAUCUUGUCAUUAGCAGAGUUCAAUCUGAGCUUGCCACAUCACUAGCAGCUGCUGCAGCAGCAGAGUUGCCAUGCACGGUGAAACUUAGAAUAUGGCCAUAUGACAUAAAAGAUCCCUGUGCUCAUCUUGAUGCGGAGAAAUGUCGUUUGAUUAUUCCUCAUGCUGUACUCUGCAGUGAAAUGGGUGCUCAUUUUUCUCCAUGUGGGAAAUUUUUGGCUGCUUGUGUUGCAUGCAUGCUGCCGCAGUCAGAAGGUGAACCUGGAAUUCAGACGCAGGCACACCAUGAUGCAUUAGGAGCUGCAACUUCACCAACAAGGCAUCCAAUCUCAGCUCAACCAGUUAUGUAUGAGCUACGGAUAUAUUCCCUUGAGGAGGCAACGUUUGGGUUAGUACUUGCGUCACGGGCAAUAAGGGCUGCCCACUGUUUGACGUCAAUUCAGUUCUCACCGACAUCGGAACACUUGUUGCUUGCCUAUGGACGACGCCAUAAUUCUCUUCUCAAGAGUAUUGUCUUUGAUGGGGAGACUACAGUCCCCAUUUAUACGAUUUUAGAGGUGUACAGAGUUUCUGAUAUGGAGCUGGUGAGAGUCCUACCAAGUGCAGAGGAUGAAGUUAAUGUGGCUUGUUUUCAUCCUUCUGUUGGUAGCGGUCUUGUUUAUGGAACCAAGGAGGGGAAGCUUAGGCUUCUUCAAUUCGACAGUUCCAAUAGCCUUAACUGUACAACUUCUUGCUUUCCUGAUGAAAACUUGUUGGAGGUUCCAUCACAUGCUUUAGAAUGCUGACAUUAGGAAUGAUUCUCACACCAGGCAUGCAUCCGAGUUGAACUGUUCCAGGAGCACAGGGACGAAAAUGGAACCAAGGAAUUGACAGUUGGGAUGCCACAAAGUGUUUUUGUUCCCAGAAAUGUGAGUGAGGUUAUACAUUUCUUGUAGCCUGUUUAUACCAAAGCUGUUUCAAGAGCUGCCCACUCAGAGCCUCACACUUUCUUUUCAAAUCAUUCCACUGUGACUAGUCAGAAUGGCGCAAGUCAAUCAUAUUUAAGCAAGUUUAACUACUCCUAUUAUACCUCGAGGAUGGGUUUGUUGAUUAAGAUCAAGCUUUACAGCAGCUGCAGGGGAAGAUGGAAGUAUGUUUUUACAUUGUAUCAUUUGUAAUUUAACAGGGCUCUGAGCAACUAGUAAUCGUGCUCUCUCAAGAAUUCAGGGUAUAACAGUCGAUGUAUUAGUUGUAUGUCUGUCUGUCUUCAUUUGAAAAUUGAAAUGCCCGAGAUUCACAUAUGGUCGAAUGGGUAGUUGUAGCAACUGAUGAUAUAACACCGACGGUGUUAGUGGUGGCGUUGGUGACGUAGGAAUGCUGUUCCAUAUAAAAAUUGUUUUACUUUUGCUUACUUGGAAAAGAAAAAUGUAAAAAGAAAGUUGUUCCGGCUUGGAACUCAUUGCUUUUCUGGCAAGUACUUGUGGAAUGGCCAUUUUACUCCGUAUUACUUUUACGGGUUUUUCCUGA